AUGUCUGCCGUUUCAAUCUUCUCCGCCGCAUCUGAUUUUUCUGCCGUUGAGGCCAUAUCCGUUACGCACCAUCGGCCGCUUCAAUCACCUCCUUCCCUCCGAUUUCCGUCGUCGAUCGCUUCCCCGCCUGCCACUUAUCUUCACUUUGACGGUGGAGCAUCUGACUCCCGAUCAAAGGUCCUCCGAGUCUGCAACUUAACCUCGCGUCUUCGUUCUAUCAAAUGCUCUUCCUCAUCUACUCCAUCUUUAGAUUUAGUAGCGGACCAGUUGACAAAAUUCAAGGAAGCAGCGGAAAAGGGAAACUUAGUUCCUCUAUACCGAUGCGUCUUCUCGGAUCAUUUGACUCCAAUACUUGCAUACCGAUGUUUGGUGAAAGAAGACGAUCGAGAUGCUCCUAGCUUCUUGUUUGAGUCAGUGGAGCCUGGUCUGCAAGCUUCCAAUAUCGGAAGGUAUAGUGUAGUUGGAGCUCAACCCACAAUUGAAAUUGUAGCAAAGGGAAAUGUGGUUACUGUGAUGGACCAUGGAGCAGGUCGUAGGACAGAGGAGGAAGUGGAAGAUCCAAUGAUGGUUCCUCAAAAAAUCAUGGAGGAAUGGAAACCACAACGCAUUGAUGAGUUACCUGAAGCUUUUUGUGGUGGUUGGGUCGGGUACUUCUCAUACGACACUGUGCGCUAUGUUGAGAAGAAGAAGCUGCCCUUUUCAAAUGCUCCAGAGGAUGAUAGGAGUCUUCCUGAUGUUCAUUUGGGCCUUUAUGAUGAUGUGAUUGUGUUUGAUCAUGUCGAGAAGAAAGCAUAUGUGAUCCAUUGGGUGCGGAUAGAUAAGGAUCGUACUGUCGAAGAUAAUUUCACUGAUGGAAUGGAUCAGUUAGAAUCCCUAGGCUCGAGGAUUCAAGACCAAAAACCCCCCAAGAUGCCUACUGGUUUCAUAAAACUACGCACUCAGCUAUUUGGUCCGAAACUGGAGAAAUCAACUAUGACGAGUGAGGCAUACAAGAAGGCAGUGUUGGAAGCCAAAGAACAUAUUCUUGCUGGGGACAUCUUCCAGAUAGUUCUUAGUCAAAGAUUUGAAAGGCGGACAUUUGCAGACCCAUUUGAGAUAUAUAGAGCUCUUAGGAUUGUAAACCCAAGUCCGUACAUGGCUUAUUUACAGGCUAGAGGAUGCAUAUUAGUCGCUUCAAGUCCAGAAAUAUUGUUACGUUCGAAAAAGAGGAAAAUUACCAACCGCCCUCUUGCUGGAACCGUCAGACGAGGAAAGACACCCAAAGAAGAUCUAAUGCUUGAAAAAGAGCUCUUAAGCGAUGAAAAACAGUGUGCAGAGCAUAUAAUGCUUGUUGAUUUGGGAAGAAACGAUGUCGGCAAGGUUUCGAAACCCGGUUCUGUGGAGGUUGAGAAGCUCAUGAAUAUAGAACGGUAUUCACAUGUCAUGCACAUAAGCUCCACGGUAACAGGUGAAUUACUCGAUCAUCUAACAAGCUGGGACGCUCUAAGAGCUGCACUUCCCGUUGGAACCGUCAGCGGAGCCCCAAAGGUAAAAGCCAUGGAGCUGAUAGAUGAAUUGGAAGUAAAGAGGCGUGGUCCUUACAGUGGAGGGUUUGGAGGCAUUUCGUUUAAUGGAGACAUGGACAUUGCCUUGUCUCUCAGGACAAUGGUCUUCCCUACAAAUGCUCGUUAUGACACAUUGUACUCGUACAAGCAUCCUCAGAGACGUAGAGAGUGGAUUGCUCAUAUUCAGGCUGGAGCUGGGGUUGUUGCAGAUAGUAACCCUGAUGAUGAACAGAGAGAGUGUGAGAACAAAGCAGCGGGUUUAGCCCGAGCCAUUGAUCUUGCUGAGUCUUCCUUUCUUGAGAAACCUGAGGUUACUAUCCCACCUCGCAUAAACAAUGUCUGA